AUGCCUCAGCAAGCUGCCGCCAAAGCACGGUCCGCGAACGCGCGCAAGGUCAAGUGUUCGGGAGAGCAGCCUUGCAGGAAUUGUGCACGAAACAACCUAGACUGUGAAUUUGGCGAUGGGAGAAAGAGAUAUUCAGAGGCAUACGUCUCGGAAUUGAGAGCCACCUUGACCCGAUAUGAGGACCAAAUAAAGGGAAGGAUCCGGUCUAAUAUCAAGCAGAGCUCGCCAGACAACCACGAGCACAACCUUCGCCACCCGCCCGGGGGGUCUCAACAGGGGCAUCAAAUCCGAGUCCACCAGGCAUUGCGCCCUUUGAGCCUACUGGUGAGGUACCGCCUCCGAGUUAUGGUGCCGAAAGGAACAGCAUCCAUAGAACGUGCUCCCGGCCCGCUCUUCGAGCAACGGUUGCGGAGUCUCUUCCACGAGAACAAUGGCAAAGACCCAGACUCUCCGGAGAAGGAUGCUCCGGAACACCUGGAGAACGAGGAUCCGCGUGACCUGCCAUUUACCCCUGAAUGGACUUCAACAAAUGAGUUGAUCAAGGGCAUCCCUCACCAGGCCUUCCCCAAAGAGGCCGAGUCUAAUCGUCUCCUGAACCUCUUCAACUCCUACAUGGGAGUCACACAGCACUUCUUAGACCAGCGGACAUUCACAGACAACAUGACGCUGCUUUUCAACAGCCAAGCAUCUCGAGCUCGACAGAUGGACACGCCCUGGUUCACACUGUACCUUCUAGUCAUGGCCAUGGGCAAGCUGAUGGAAGAGGAUCCGCGCGAGGUACGCGGACCCCCGGGAGCGUUCUGGUUUGCUGAGGCCAUGAGGAGGCUUCCGCCACUUCACAGCAUCAGCGAGUAUGGCAUAGUUGGGCUUGAGAUUCUGUGUCUGGCGACGACAUAUCUGCAGUGGAACGACCGGAAAAAUGAUGCAUACUUUUUCGUGGGAACAACAGUCAGACUUGCCCUGACUCUGGGCUGCAACUUGCCAUUUUCAGAGCAAAAGUGCCUACCAUCAGAGAGAGCACACAGAAUGCGGGUGUGGUGGACUGUCUACAUGCUGGAUCAGCGCAUAUCGGCAGGCCUCGGGCGUCCAGCUUCCGUUGAUGAUAGGCACCUUUCGUUCGAUCUCCCUGGCCCCUCUCCAGGGUUUGAUUCUCCAGAGCCUCUCAAUGUCAACGUCAAGAUUGCCCGGACAACGGGAGAGAUCAUGUCAUCAUUAUAUAGUCGAGGCGCACUAUCGCAAGCCGAUCUUGUCAGGAAGAUGAGAAACUUGCUCCAAUCACUACACGACAUUGGCGGAUCUAUCCCGGCAGAUCUUGCCAUUGACUUCAGCAACAAGCAGUUUGAGGUCACCAGAGCUGGUGCAUCACUAUAUCUGAGGUUAUUUCAGUCCAUCAUUCUCUGCAUCAGACCAAUUCUUCUGCAAAAGGUCAAAGACAAGGUUCAGAAAACACAGAAGCAGGCUGUGACCUCGGCAAUCUCUCAACUGUGCCUUCUGUGCAACGAGUCGGCUCUGAGAAUUAUCCGCAUCCUCAUGGCUAUGCAAAGGCAAGAAGAAAUUGCGCCAUUUGCAUUCUUCGAUCUGGAUGCUGCCUUUUCAGCCGCCUUCGUCCUAAUCAUGCGCGGCUUCGCACACAAGCAGGAUAGUCAAAAGCCGCCACCGCAAGAACUGUUCCAGGCCAUUGAUUUCUUGGAGUAUCUGUCUUCUGCAGGAAAUCAGGCGGCAGCGCAGCGUCUCAAGGAUGUUCGGCAGUUUUCUGCACACGUGUGGGCCAAUGUGGUAGCGUUCGAUAAGGACCAUGACGUGCAGAUGGGAGAUUCCGGGGCAUCCCAUGGGGUACCCCAGGUAGGGAACACACCCGGAGCCGGACUACCGGAGCAGUCGGGACCUUCACCAGCCCAGAUGCCCUUGACUACGCCGACGCCCAGUUCCUCUGUGCCGUCUUGGGAGGGAGAAAUGUUUGGAGGACCUGCUGACACUUAUGGAUCAGACACGUUGUUCGGUCUGAACUUGGAUGAGAAUCUGGAACAAGCCUUUGGGCUGGAAGCGGCGGAGGGUAUCUAUAAUAGUUUCAAUGACCCUACUCUCCCCUUAACGGGAGUUGACCAGCUGGAUUGGGCUGAGCUGGAAAAGAUGAUGGCACCGGGAGGAUCUGUAUUCAAAUAUCCACGUCGAAAUUUCACAAUGGUUCAAUCAAUAUCAGACAGUGUCUCCAUCCUUGGCGCCGGCAACGAAGCUUCUCGCCGGAUCCUCACAAAGGAAGCCGUCAACUUUCUCGCAAUCCUGCACCGCAGUUUCGAGCCGACUCGCCAACACCUUCUCAAGCUCCGCCAACAACGUCAAAUCGACACAGAUAACGGACACCUGCCAGAUUUCCUCCCUGAGACUAAGCACGUUCGCGAUGAUAAGAACUGGAGAGGCGCCCAGCCAGCGCCUGGUUUGGUAGAUCGCAGAGUUGAAAUUACCGGACCCACGGACAGGAAAAUGGUCGUCAACGCGCUCAACUCUGAUGUUUGGGCCUACAUGGCUGAUUUUGAAGACUCAAAUGGUCCUACGUGGGACAACAUGAUUCAGGGCCAGGCCAAUCUUUACGACGCCAUCCGCCGGCAAGUUGACUUCAAGCUCGGCGAAAAAGAGUACAAGCUCAGAACUGAUCGCACACUUCCGACUUUGAUCGCCCGCACGCGCGGAUGGCACCUGGACGAGAAACAUUUCACCGUCGACGGGCAACCCAUGUCCGGCGCCCUGUUUGAUUUUGGACUGUACUUUUUCCAUAACGCCAAAGAGUUGACUUCCCGCGGCGCCGGCCCCUAUUUCUACCUGCCCAAGAUGGAGUCGUAUCUCGAGGCGAGGUUAUGGAACGACGUGUUCAACAUGUCGCAGGACUACAUCGGUAUCUCACGAGGUACCAUCCGCGCUACCGUGUUGAUCGAGACCAUCAGCGCUGUUUUCGAGAUGGACGAGAUCAUCUACGAGCUCAGAGAUCAUAGCUCAGGCCUCAACUGCGGCAGAUGGGACUACAUCUUCACUUUUGUCAAGCGCUUCCGCAACCGCCCCGGCUUCGUUCUCCCCGACCGCUCCGACGUAAGCAUGACCGUCCCCUUCAUGGACGCCUACGUCAAGCUCCUCAUCAGCACAUGCCACGCCCGCGGCGUCCACGCAAUGGGCGGCAUGGCGGCCCUCAUCCCGCGCAAGGACGAUCCGGCCGCGAACGCCCAAGCGAUGGACAGCGUGCGCGCCGACAAGCUGCGCGAGGUCAAGGCCGGACACGACGGUACCUGGGUUGCGCACCCGGCGCUUGCGUCGAUUGCGUCGGAGAUUUUCAACGAGCACAUGCCUACCGCGAACCAGAUCUUCAAGAGGCCCGAGGUGAAGGUCACGCGCGACGAUUUGAUCAACUCUGUUGUUCCCGGAAAAAUUACCGACGAGGGUGUGAGGAAGAAUCUGCAUAUCACUCUGGCGUACAUGGAGGGUUGGCUUCGUGGUGUGGGCUGCAGUGCUAUCAACUAUCUCAUGGAGGACGCCGCAACAGCUGAGGUAUCGCGCUCACAACUGUGGUACUGGGUACACCACGGCGUCAGCACCGCUGAAGGCACAAAACUCGACAAGACAACAAUGCUCAACAUCCUCGACGAGGUCACAAAGGAGCUGCUCAAGUCUGCGCCGGCGAACAACAAGUUCGAGCUUGCGGCGAAAUACCUGCGGCCGCAAGUUACGGGCGAGGACUACGCCGACUUCCUGACGACACUACUUUAUGAUGAGAUUACUUCUGUUGGGCCGUCAUGGAAGCUCUAG